AUGACUCCAAUGCCUGAUGUAGAUCGUGGGUUGCCAUCCUCCAAUCUGGGACCACCGAGCGAUGAUCGGCAAGUCGUUAAAUGGCUCGAGAGCCAACCCGCCGAAACUCAGUCAAGCCUAGCCAAAGAAAGGCUUGAGGCCUAUCUGGCCAGUGCGGCGCAACCUCGACAGAUCUCAGGCAAUGCUUGCAUCAAGCUCUGCUAUUUCAUCGAGCAAUGCGUCAAAUCCAAAUCGUCUCCUAUUAGAGAAGCCAUACUCUCGGAAAAACCUUGUCUUGACUUGUUUCAUUUCUACAUCGAAUGGAAUGAGAAGAAUCAAAAUCGCUCCAUGAGACAAGUGAUCGAGCUUAUCUCGACAAUGAUUGCGAAGAACUCUUCAGAAAAGGUCACUCGCUCUAUCAAAAGCCAAAUCAUUGAGAGAAACAUCUCUAUAAUCACCCACCAGGCUGCUCUGCCUUUGGUUAAGCCUGCAUUCAAAUCUCUGGAGUGCCUUAUGAGCAAGGGCACCAUCAAAGCAAAGGACCUCUUGGACUCGUAUUCGCAACUGGUUAUUGGGAACACCAAGAACGAAAGCCAAGAUGUGACCAUGGAAUCAAAGACGAAUGGCUUCGCUGCGUCCUCAGUAGAAGAACCCAUGUGGGACACUUUCUUUUCUGUUAUGUUUGACUGGAUGACAUCCCAAGACAUCUCUCCCGCAGCGGGCAAGUUUCUUGUCACAGUAUUUCGUGAUCUGCGUACUGUAUCAAUAUAUGCGGAUAUAGCUACGAGCAAUACUGCUUCAUGGCAACGCUGGAUUCGAGAAGGUCUUGGCAAGAACCCAGAGGCUUUAGAGAAUGUCAAGAACUACCUCUUCACCCCCCUUUUCAAACUUGACAAGGUUGGCUCAGUAGCUUUUUUGGAGGAUUUGAACAAGCAGAGCACUCAUCGAGACAUUGAUAGUCAGGACACGAAUGCUCAUUCUUUACUCCAACUCUCUGCUAUGGAGACUGGAAAGAAAGCUGGGCUGGUAGAAGAGCCAGAUACAAUUGAAUUCCAGAAACCCAGCAAGAAACUAUCCAGUCCUGUCGUACUCAAGGAGGAAUCGAUCGGCUCGCUGUUGACUCACGAAUCUGACACUGUUCGUUCCUUGGCAUUUUCAGUACUGGUGUCCGCGUUGUCUACGGUCAAACCAUUCAGCAGCACUGCGCUGAAGAUUCUGCAAACUCACAUGCAUAUUCUCUACUCAGAUACAGAUGCCAAAUUUAGAAAUGAAAUCAUGAGCAGCACAAAGCAUAUGAUUGAGAGGCUCAGGGGCGCCACUUCAUUCUUAGUGAAGGAGGUCGAAAGCAUAUCCUUUCUGCUCAAUCGAAAAAAAAAUCUGCCCGAUAUUCUGCAGGAAGGCCGACAAAGACUGGCUGCUGUUAAGGGGCUCCUACAAAGCCACGAGAGUUUCAUUACCUGGUACACCCAGUUUCUCUUGCUGGAGCUGAUCCCAACGGCAUCCUACCAGCGCCACAUCACAGCACUGAAAGCGAUUUCUUUGCUCCUUCGCAGUGGAAUUCUCAAGCAAGACUCUCCGAUUCUACCUAGGAAAGAUUCAGGAGAUAACACGCUCUGGCCGUAUACUCUAAAUUUCUUCGCGCGGGGCUCAUUAAGACUGCUCAUGGAUCUUCUCUUGGACCCUUUCGAAGAUGUGAGAAGUGCAGCUACCAGCACCCUCAAGCUUGCAUCUUCAGACAGUUUUGAGCAAGCACCCUCCCAUGAGACAUCGGAAGCUACUAUCCAGUCUGAUGGGGCACAUAUUCAACGAACAAAUCAUACAUUCCCAACUCUCGUCGUAAAUGCCGAAGAAAAAUAUCGAUCUUUUCAUCUAUUGGAAAAUUUCAUUGGACGAGCCGAGGAGCUUUCCAAACAAACCGGUCGUGCGGAUCAUGCAGAUGGUGUCGCACGCUCAUACGAGCUUCUGUACGGCUUACAGACAUCGUCUAAGAGCCGAAUGGAUGUUCUCUGCAAGCUAGUGCAGGAUCUAGAAACAAAGGUGGGGAUUGCUGAGGGAAGCCUAGGCCAGGCAGUAUUUAAUGCUCCGAUCCAUGGAACAUUUGCAGCUCUCACCUUUGUAUGGGAAUCUGUUGACCACCUGAAGCACUUUCCCGAAUUGGCGAAUUAUGACAGCGACAAGCAGUUAGGAUUUUUGCAGCAACGUAUGGUCGAUUGCUGCUCGCGAAUAUGGAUCGCUGUGAAGGGUAUUCUUUGCAAUGACUCUCCGGAAGGUCAUCUUCCCCAGGAUCUCGAGGAAGGCAAUGAUAUAGACACAAAAGACGUACUGAGCUACAGCUUCAGAGCAGUUCAUGAGUCCAGCAAUCUCAUGAGGACACUGGCGAAUAAAACGAAACUGAGACUGCCUUCCCCAGAUGCUUCGCCUUUAUUGCCUGCCGAACUUUUUCACCAGAUUGGGCAACUCUCAUUUGAUCAACUUUCAAAUCUGCGCCACCGAGGAGCUUUUUCGACUGUCACUCUAACUUUCGCAACAUGCUGUCAGCUCGCGGUGCAUCGUAGCCUUCCGCCUUCAACUUCGAUGCUGUUACUGGAAUGGUAUCAGGGUGCUCUUGAUUGUAUUUCAACUCAGGUAUCAACUACCAGACGAUCUGCAGGAAUUCCAGCUCUCGUUACAGGUAUAUUAUCUGCACAGGCUAAAUCACCAUCCCUCGUCGAGGUCAUGGAAGAGCUCAUAACUUUGGCCAGUGCGCCCGUAGAGAAUCUAGAGCUUGAUGACACGCAACUACCACAGGUACAUGCCUUGAAUUGUCUCAAGGAUAUGGUCCGAUACCCAAACAUUCGCCUACAAGUCGAAUCAUAUGUGGCUCGACUGUUUUGGUUGGCAUUGAACAGUCUACAGAGCAAGAAUUAUCCGAUACAAAACUGUGGCUUGAUUCUCUUCAGAAGUCUUGCAGACUCCAUUUUCGGCACUUCACCAAGCAAGCAAGAUAUCGAGGACGGCUGGGACGGAAAGUCAGUCAAGAUCUCCUACGACAGAUAUCCAUCAUUGCCAGAGAUGAUUGUCAAACUGCUCAAAAUAGGUACUGGGGAUACUGUCCUGCCUGCCCUGGAUUUCUUACGUCGUGCUGGCCCACCAAGUACGAUGAAGUCCGAGAUCCAGGAGCUCGUCUCUGGUUUCCUGGGUCACAAGGCUUGGCAGAUCCGAGAAACAGCUGCACAUACACUGUGUGCUCUUACUAUGAGCAAUUCUUUGGUAGAAACUAUCAAGGGCUUGUUCUCAGAUGCUAGGCAGACCACGAAUGGUCGUCAUGGAACAUUGCUUGCUGUUAAGGUCAUCUUGGAGCGUAGAUUACCCAUGGCUGGAUCACACUCACCCUACUUCCUUUCUCAGAUCGCACCAAUCUUGUAUGAACAGUGGACGGUAGACAAUAAGCUCUAUCGUUCUCCUAUUAUUGGCACAGUCUACUUCGAAGUCAGCAAUUCUAUUCACCUAUUCUGUCUCAGAAUUCCGGCUCAAGAUGCGAAUUUGGCCCAGUUGAAGCAAGCAGCUCGUGUUUUACAAGGUCUCGGAUGGCGCCAGAACGAAGGUAAUUCGACACUAGAUGUGGGUGAGUAUGCAAGCUUGAGUACCGCAAUCUCUAGGAACAAUGUCUGCAUUUCCGCCCUAAACGACACUCCGGAAUCUUUGCACUGGAUCAAUGAUCUAUCUCUGGGAAGUAGUUCCGACGCGGUGAUCGGGGCUCUACGCUGUAUUCCAGAGGCGUUCAAGUUAGGCAACCAAGACGGCCUACUCGAAUGCCUAGUUGACAUUUACCGUAAAGUCAUUCGACAAUCAUCCUCUGUGGAGGUCCAAAAGGCUGCACUUGAAUCAUUGUGCGGUCUCUUAGAAGAUAGGGUCAAGGCUCCGUACACUGGUGUAAUGGGGGCUAUCACGGCGGCACUCAGUCUCAAGCCCAGCGUAGAAAUGAUCAUAUCUAGUCCUGCCAUAUCGUCUAUGUGGACUAUUUUAAGCGGUUGGAUGACUGCUUUUGAGAUAAUGAGGCGACGAUCUGCAAGAGCAGAGGGCAUCGACGAAAUUAUCAAUACCACACCGGAACUGAUGUCUUGGUCCCAGGUCUGGAUAUUCUUAGGAAAGGACAAUCAAGACUUCGACACCCGAUUUGCAGCUGCCUACGCAGUUUCAACCUUUUACACCCAUUUGUACCAUUUUUGCAAAUAUCAGGGGUCCGGCAUCCCAUCGGCCGACAGCCUCUUCCCAUCUAUGUUCGCUCUUUACAAUGUUUUGGAAGACGAUGAUUCGGACGUCAGAUGUUUGGGAGCGAAAGCUGUGUCCGUUAUGCUGGGCAAAUCGAUGGUUCCUCAGGCAGCUACCAAUGCUUUGACCGAACACAUGCUCACUCAACACGGGAAGGGCUUUGCAUCUUACGUCGUAUGCCGAAUGACUGGUACCUCUAUCGAUCAACUGGGAAAUGGCCUGGGUGGGGUCAAGCUUGAAGCGGCAGCUACACAACUCGAGGCAGCGUCUCAAGGGGAUAACAAACUGUUCACUGAGGAGAAGCAGAACCUUUGGGCCGAUGAGGUGCAAGAUGCUACCAUCUGGUGUGAUAUCUUCCGACGAUUUCCGUUAGAAACGUUUGGAAACAAUGAGGCAAAUGCUUUCAGCAACGCCUUAGUACAGAACCUUCUCACAUGGGUUGCAGAUUCAGUCAACUUGCUUAAAAAAUCUGCGCAGAUGGACGGAGCCAUAGGCUGGACAUCGAAGCCCGAGGUCUUUGCUGUCCUGUUUCGGACUAUCAAAUGCACCAAUACGAUCCUGGACUAUCUGGAUGAUAAUGUCUUAGCCAAAGAGGAUGAUAUUCAUUCAAAUGCUGAAAAAUCGGGAACCAUACCUCCAGAGGCACUAGCUGAGACCAUUGAAAAUCUUGAAAAAUUCACCAAGAUCGCUGUCGAUUCCAAGCUGCAUCCAGUCCUCUUACAGACGCUACUAGAAAGGAAAUCGCUAGACCCGAAGAUUAUCCGAGCCACUAAUAUCACCCUCGUCAACGAAUUAAUUCCGGUCAAAAGUCCCAAGUCUCCGUCUACUUCGAAGCAUACAACUGCGAUUAUGGAUAACUAUGUCACCAUUGUGAUCAUUUUCCUCAUUCUCCUCCUUCUCACACUGGUCUUUGUCUUCCUUAACAAAUUCAUGGUCUUGCAUUUUGCUUCGUACAUGUACGGCAAUCCCAAUAGUCACAGGUUCCACUCGAAAGAAUCUGCAGGCGAGCUAACGCACCCCAGGGCCAACAACCAAGAAGCGUACGUAUUCGCCGAAGCGCGACGCGCCGAGAGAGCCUCCAACAGAGCCGCCAAUAGAUCCGCCCGCCGCGCAAAUACGGACGAGGAGGCUGCCCGGCCUGCAAAUACCGAAGCUGCCCAGCCUGCCAAUAUCGAAGCUACCCAGCCUACAAAUGUCGAAACUACCCAGCCUGCAAAUGUCAAAGCUACGAAACUAAGACCUCAAAUUCAUGUUCGGGAUUUGGGCAGCACUGUUUCCAAUGUCUCUUAG